UUGACAAGAUGAAUGCUGAUGACCGAGAACGCCGUCGUGAGGAGCGCCGCAGGAGAAGACAGAUAGAAGCUGAGGCGAGCGCGGCUCCUACAGUGGACCCUGAUGAGGAGCGACGGUUGGCCCGGGAGCGGCGCCGUCGGGAGCGGGAGGCGGCCAACGCUGCGGCAGAAGAGGAGUCCCGCAAGAUGCAGGAGGAACUGGAAGCCCGCCGCAUGCGCCGUAGGAAGAUGAGAGAAGGGCUGGAAGAAAACGAGGAUGACUCUGAUCGUCUUGCCAGCCAGAAAAAACUUGAGGAAGAGGCAAAGAAGAAGAAGGAAGAAGAGGAAGAAGCCAGGAGACAGGCAGAAGAAGAAGAGCGCAGAAAGGAAGAGGAGGAGAGGAAGCGAAAAGAAGAGGAAAAGAGGCAACGUGAGGAGGAAGAACGGAGGCAGCGGGAAGAAGAAGAAGAGGAGGAACGAAGGAGAGAGGAGGAGGAGGAGGAAGAAAAAAGGCGCCAGGAAGAAGAGGAGGAAGAGUUGCGUCGGCAAGAAGAGGAGGAAAAAGAGCGCCGCGAGGAGGAGGCUCGCAAGAAGAAGGCUGAGAUGCGUAAGAGACAGGAAGAGUCUCGGAAGGCAGAGCAACCAAAGACCUUGAUGCUGAAGAAAGCAAAAGAAGACCUGGCCCAGGAGGCAGCAGAGAGGGAAUCUGCCAAGCGCAAAUAUCUGGAGGAUGUGCUCCCACCUCUGAAGAUCGGAGGCCUAUCCAAGGAUGCCCUGGAGUCUCUCUGUCGUGAUCUACAUGCCCAAAUAGAACAGGCAGAAGAGGAGCGCUUUGAAGCUGAGUACAAAGUCAAGAAGAAUGACCAAGAGAUUGAGGACUUAAACAUGCGCAUCAUGUCAUUCACUGGCAGAUUCAAAAAGCCUGAGCUGAAGAAAGUGAAGGUGACCCCAGAGAACAUGCUGAACUCCCUGGCGGAGUCGCGCCGUGCCAAGCCGGGAAUUAUCGACUUCCGCGCCAACCUGAAGCACGUGGAACGAGAAGGGCACGACAGUCGCCGCGGCAGCUCCUCCACCACCAAGAGGCGGGUUCCAACCGAUGACAAUAUGUGGGGCCGUACGGUGAUCCUGACAGUCGCGGCUGUCUUUCUCCUGUGUGGUCUGCCUGCAUCUUUAGCAGACGGCCCGAUUCCAAGAAUCCUGUGUCCCAGAGAUGUUUUCAUCACCCUUGACCGUGGGUAUGACACGGCAGACGUUGACCUGCCCACUCCAUGGUCCAACUACAGAAACGUCACCGUGAGCGAUGGGUACGAGGUUGGCGAAAAUGCGUUUCCCUUGGGGAAGACAGAAGUCACGUUCUCCGUGGUCUCUCCUGGCGGCGAACGAGACAGCUGCUCCACCAAAAUAUAUGUUGACGACCAAGAGCCUCCCAAGGUCCAUGGCUGCCCAACAUCCUUUUCCACGGAGAUUGCCACCACCUAUGCCAGGGUGGCGUGGGAAGAACCGAUCUUUACCGACAAUGUUGGAGUGGUCAACCUGUGGUCAAGCCAAGAAACCAACCAGACGUUAACGUGGGGCACUUACCGGGUGACGUACACGGCCUCUGAUGCGACAGGCAACUCAGCUGAGUGCACGUUUACAGUGGAAGUCAAACGUAAGAGCUGUGGAUUCCCGAUUCCGCCCGACCGCGGCUACAGUAACUGUGACCUGUGGUCGCGGGGGCGGUUCUGCUCGCCGGAGUGUGAGGACGGGACGGUACCUGCUGACGGGGACGAGCAGCAGACGUACGCCUGCGAGGCCGACGGAGAAUGGAGACCCUCCCGGAAAAUUGUCGACUGCGUGGGGUUUUCCAGCCCCAGCAACGGACAGUGCGAGGAGGGAUCUGUGCUGCACCGCAAGGGACGGAAGCGGCUGUGUUUGAACUGUGGCCGAGGAACCUACCACGACACCGCCGUGAACACGUGCCUCCCCUGUCCGGUGGGCACUUACCAGGACCAGGAGAAGAAAACCGCCUGUACCCCGUGUCCCGAUGGACUCACUACUGUUUUAGAGGGCACCAAAUCUAUCCAGACCUGCAAAGGGGAGAGCUUACCGACACCAACAGAACUCCUGAACAUGCCACAGGGUGACAUAGAGGGCUUGUACCCCAUCUCCACAACGUGCAAACUUGAGCUCAACAACGACGACUGCAAGAUAGAGAUCCGCAGCGACCCGGCUGAUUGCUUAACAGUGCGAGAGUUGGUCGACACUGCACUUCCCGACUGGAAACUAGGUGACGCUUUCUCCAUCGGCGGAUCGUUGAAUCCCUUCAACUGGAUCAUCUCCGACAGCUACUUUGAUCGAUGUGAGGAAGAACUGUCCAUCUCCACUGGGUCUACAGAAGCCGUUACCAUAGUCCCCUCUGUGCUUACACUCGAGAGGUUCACUAUAAACGUCAGAUACUUCAUUCCUACUAAAUCGUUCGAAGUGAAGUUCACAGGUUUGUGGAAGAUCGGGAGUAUCUUGUUUCAGCUGACGGUUGAGAAAACGGAUGGAGGCUUCGUGGUGAUUGGUGAGCCGGUAGAUACCGUCAUUCCUGUAGGCAGGCUCAUUUCUGGGUUAGCGUCAUCCUUGCUGCCUGGUAACGGCGCAAGGGAGACCUUCAAGAGUGUCAAUCUCGACAAGUUUGUGAUGAAAAACAUAAAAAUGACGGCUACAUUUGGUAACACUGGGUACGGUCUGCAAGUGGCGUUUGACACUGGUAUCGCAAAGUCCCGAGUUUUUGCCUCGCUUGAUUCCAUCAAAUUCGGCAACAACCAGACGAAGGUAUUCUCUGUGGCCCUUUCGAUUAAGUCCAUCAGUUUCGGUGACUUGAUUAGGCGCUUUACAAACGAAGGUGUUGAUGUGCCCGUCUUAAGUGAUCUUGAGCUUCCGGAGGCAGCUUUUCUUCUUUCCACCAAAACGGUUCCCUUCUCUGUCUCCUCGUACCCUGACUCGCUUCUGCAGAGGAUGCCAGGCGUGGCAGCGGGUCUCAACGUAGUGUUCCAACUGAAGUUGACCGACGGCGAUCCUUUAGGUUCAUUUUACCUAGCCGUGUCAAAGAGGAGGUUCCAGUUCCAACUCCUCCCUGGAUCUGUCGUCCGAGUAGGGUCGCUCUUAAACAAGAUGCUCCACUCAGUCUCUUCUAUUGAGCUCCCCAGUAAGCUCCCCCUUGACGACGUUCUGUCCAGCACUUUACGGGGAUUUCAAUACGACGGGAACACAAGGACCUUUACAAUCCCUGUGGCCAUAGAAACAUCCCUCACGAUCAUACCAAGCGUACUUGUCCUGGAUGACCUCCACGCGACUUUUUACAUCGUGAGAGGCCAGUCCACAGCGGGUGGUCUGAAUCCUCCUCCCGGCGCCCUAGCACCUCGUCCCGGUACUGCCGUCACCCAGACUGGAGGCGGUGGCUUCAGUUUCGAGCUAACAUCCGUGUGGUACAUUGGUAACGUAAAAACAGCGCUGUCCAUAGCAAAGCCUCCAGGAGGCAACGUGUUCAUCGCCGAAGGAGCCCCAGAGGUCGAUAUAGAAAUCGGAAAAUUGAUAGAGGAUCUUGGAGUGGCACUACUUCCGUCAGGUCCUAUGGAAGAUGGUCUGAAAAGCAUCGGUCUAGACGCAUUUAAGGUGGUGAAUCCAAGCGUUUCCUUGGUCAUGGGGCAAGACUUUGUCCUGAAGCUAGCUGGAGAUGCAGUCGUCAAUGAUUGGAGAUGCACGGUUGAGGUUAUCGUAGGGUCCCUGGGAGGGACUGCCUCCGUGGCAACUGGUUUAGUCCUGGAGCGUAUUGGGAUCGUUGAGCUGGUAAAGACACUGACGAACGACAACGUCGAUUUGUCUGUCAUUCCUGGCGCUUCCAUUCUCUCCAACGCUCGAGCUGCUUUCGUGGUCUCCUCAUCGGAUAUGUCCAAGUUGAACGAAUACUUGCGCUUUUCCGCUCCCUUGCUCUCCAGCAUCGACAUUGUGAAUGGUGUAGGUGUCGUGGCUUCGUUCAAAUUCCCUCGGGACUGUGGACAGGACGAGUUCUGUAAGGUCGCUAAGAGACUUCUGGGACAACAUGUCGAGCUCAUGAUAUACGGUGCCCUCUCGAUAGACCGCGUGUACAUGAAGGCCGUUAUUCCCACUCCCAUCCGCAUAUUCCACGGAGCAGACAUCCGAGAUGUCGGGUUUGAGAUACAGCUGGCGAGGCCUCCAGAUGAAACGUACAUCGGCAUCACCGGUUCCCUGCAGCUGGACCAACCGCCGCUUCUCUUCACGGGUCGGUUCGGUCUCUCCAACAAAGGCGUGUACUUGGGGAUGUCGUCGGUGGGGUGGUGGUAUAACGCCUUUGGUCUAUCCUUCCUAUCAAUCGGCUACCUAAACUUCGAGAUUGCCAUCAGUCCAGACCCGAUUCUCAUAGCGGGGAUCGACUUUGGAGGCCAGGCGGUGAUCGGAUUCAACAGGUCGGACGCUGAGCCUAUCAGGGCGGAGCUGUAUGUUGGUAUCAACAGGAUCGCCCCUCUUCAGAGCUACUGCAAAGGCAGCAUUACCAAGCUAACCAUCCCGUCUAUCCUUGCUGCUUUCGCUUACCGCCCGAAAUUGCCGGGCUUCCUCGACGAGAUAGGCUUCACCGAAGGGUUGGAAUUUUCCUUCUCGGCCAUAACGCGAACGCUGCCGAACGGAAUUCUCAUCCGUCAGGGGUUUUUCUUCCGGGGGAAGUUAGAGAUCCUGUUCUUCAAGGUCACAGCCGACAUUGCCAUCACCAAGACGUCGAUUUUUGCCAAUAUGACAGUCGCACCAUUUAACAUUGCCAAUGGCUUGAUAGCAAUUGAAGGACGUAGCCGCAAACAAGGGCCGCGUCUCCUCGUAGACAUCGGAUGGCUCCCGCCGCGCGCCAAGCUUGAGAUCGAAGGCAGUGUGACGGUUCUGUUCAUCAAGCAAACGGUCAACAUCACCAUGGAUGAACAGGGAACACGCUUCUUCGUCGAAGGCAGUUUCCUAAAUCUCUUUCGAGCGUCCCUAGAACUGAGGGCCAGCUACGGCUCCAUCAAGACAGCCUCCUUCCAGGUGACGGGACAGAUGCAACAGGACCUCUUCCGCAGGCUGAGAGAGAAAGUCGAGAAUGCCAUCGAUGGGUAUGUGAAAAAAGCAGACGAGGCCAUAGAUGCGGCUAAAGCCAAAGUUAGGCAGGCAGAAGUCAAUUGGGACAUCGCAGUGAAAGAUAUACAGAAAGCACAAAGGAAGGUUCGCUCUGCGGAAGUCCACUGGGACCGUGCCGUUGCCUGGUUUAACGAGAAGAUAAAGGAUGUCCGGGGAGCGGAGAGGCACUGGGACGACACUGUCGCUGCGCUGCGUCACGAAAGAUCCAAGUGCUCCUUCAAGAAGUGCAAGUGGUACGAAGUAUGGUGCCAUGCAGAAAACGCUGGUCGGGCCAUUUGCCAAGGAGCACUGUGGUUGGCUGAGCAGGUAGUAGACAAGAGCCGAUAUCUGCUUGAUGUUGCCAUCUUCGCGAUGAAAGCAGCCCGGGAAAUAGUGGACAAAAGCCGCAUACUUCUCGACGCCGCCAUUUUAAUCCUCAAAGGUGCCGAAGAGUUCGUCGAUAAAUCUCGUAUCAUCUUAGAUGCAGCUGAAGGUUUCCUUGAGGGUGUGAAGCAAGCGAAUCGCUUUGGAGCAGAGGUGGCUAAGAAGGUGGCAGGUGCGGUACUAGGCGGGAUAAUAGACAUCCAGGAGAUCGGAUUCAGCGUGAAACUGGCCGUCGCACAGAGCGGUCACUUCCGGGGGUGGAUCAAGGUGGCCUUCUUCGGCGGGAGUCCGAAGGAGUUCAGAUUUGACAUCAACCUUCCGUCGAUCGAGGACAUGGUGAGCGCCCUCGUGGACAUGGUCAGAAACGCGCUCGGGCUUCGGCGGAAACGGGAGGCCGACCGCCUGGAGUUCGAGCGACUCCUGCGUCUGAAGUCGACCAAAUUGUGCGAAGGCAUCGGGCCCAUGCCCUGCGCACCGAAUUACGCUAAGCUGGGGCAGAUGGCCGACUACAGGGCUGCCCUACUCGGGGCUAGAGUGGUGAAAGGAAACAUGGGUCCUAUCGUGAAGUGAUUGUCAAUUUUGAUCCUAAGUCAGAUCAAAAUUGCAAUUGAAAUGCCGUGUGUAUGUGCUGUCGCUGUCAAAAUCAUUUUUCUACCAACUCUUCACUGG